AUGGUGCAGUGCUGCUACCCUCGACGAGGGGGAUUUGGAGGGGCGCAAUGCAGCGUAUACGGUCUUUUGAGAAAGACGCACACGAUGCUGGGGAGCGAGCGGGAUCCAGGCGGCAUAGUCCCUGCCCAUGAUCUAUUUGAGCUGUUCGAGCAGCGGACGUUGGCAAGCCAGGAGCCGUCUCACGUGGUUGUACCCAACGAGACUGCCAAAGAUCUGCUGGCGCCGGGGCGGCCGCUUGUGCUGCGGGACUGCGAGCAGGGAGACGUCCAUCCGGUGUUUACGGGCGUGCGGCGAGGUGACGCACGCGGGAGUGCACAGCGCCAACCGACUCGCCAGGCGCUAGUGUUCGCGGAGUACGCGGUCCCCGUCGAUCGGCCACGAGAAGCAGGCACGUGGUUUGGAGCCACGUGA